GAUUUAUUUGCAAUGAUGUCUAAUCCCGAUAGCACAGCAUCAUACACCAACACCAUCUGCCACGAUUCACAGUCGGAGUCAGAUGCUGGCGGGUACUGAUUGUUACAGGGACAACUUGAGAGGCGGUGGAGGGGAAGAAGGGGGUUAGAUCUUUACCCGCAGUGUGUCUGUUGGCGUGGGGGGGGGGGGGGCGUGCAUUUAUAUUUGUCGAGCGGCACCCGCAGCAGGGUUUGAGGAUGCUGAGGGACUACAGCUGAUGGAGGAUUCUUGUCCCACCUGAUCGCCUUGACUGCGGCUUCCAGCUCACUGUGGAAGGGGUACUGCAGGUUGGGCUGCGGGAGGCUGCUGGAUCAUCCUCAUCCACACAAACUCUGGGGACACCGUAGCCUGCUCGUCACAUCCCGUAUCGGGGGAUUUCGACCCUCCGGAGCCGCCGUAGCAAUGGGAGACAACAUGUCAAAGCGUCUGAAGCUCAUCUCGGUAACAGAAGCUGAGAUGGAGGAGCGCUCUUUUCCAAACCCAUACACUGACUGGGACCAAGGAGUCCUCUCGUCCAAUUCAGGAGCAGAAGCGGAUUACAAUGAACCAUUCGACGGGGAAGGAAUGGUGAGCUCAUCCUUCCAAAGGAAAGUCCAGAGUAAGAUAAAAGAUCUGCUUCAGCAAAUGGAGGAGGGCCUAAGGACUGCCGACCCCCAUGACUUCUCUACUUAUACUGGCUGGACUGGCAUUGCUUUACUGUACGUACAGCUCUAUCGUGGCUCCAAUGAUGUCGCACACCUGCAAAGGGCCUUGGACUAUGUGAAGAGAUCAAUGAGGAUCCUAAAUGGCCGAAAAGUGACUUUCCUUUGUGGAGAUGCUGGGCCGCUUGCAGUGGGUGCAGUGGUCCAUCACAAGCUGGGUAAUACCGCUGACAGCAGCGACUGUCUUUCUAGGCUCCUCCAGCUGCAGCGCUCGGUGCUCAGUCCAGAUUCGGAGAUGCCAGACGAGCUGCUGUAUGGACGCGCCGGUUAUCUGUAUGCUCUUUUGUAUGUGAACAAGGAAAUAGGUGGCGACACUGUGGAUGAAGCUACUGUUUCAAAAGUAGUGGGCGCCAUUAUUGAGUCUGGGAAGAAUUUAUCGGCGGAGCUUAAGAAGACAGAACGCUGCCCUCUUCUCUAUGAAUGGCACAAGAAGCAAUAUAUUGGCGCUGCUCAUGGCCUGGCGGGAAUCUUUUACAUGCUCAUGCAGCCAGGGGCGAGGGUCCACCCGGACUUACUUUCCGAGCUGGUUCGGCCCAGUAUCGACUAUAUCCGUCACAAGAAAUUUCGUUCAGGCAACUUCCCUUCGUCGCUGAGCAAUGAGAGCGACCGAUUGGUUCACUGGUGCCACGGAGCGCCUGGCGUCAUCCACAUGCUCAUCAUGGCUUAUAAGGUUUUUAAAGAAGAGAAGUAUCUGAAGGACGCGGUAGAGUGUGGCGAGGUGAUCUGGCAGAGGGGGCUUCUCCGAAAAGGUUACGGCAUCUGCCACGGGACGGCCGGCAACGGCUAUGCCUUCCUGUCCCUGUAUAAGCUCACCCAGGAGAAGAAGUAUCUCUACCGUGCCUGCAAGUUUGCCGAGUGGUGUUUGGGCUACGGGACUCACGGCUGCCGCAUCCCUGACAGACCCUACUCACUUUUUGAAGGUAUGGCGGGGACCAUCCACUACCUGUCCGAAAUGGCCGCACCUGAAGCUUCCUGUUUCCCCGCCUUUGAACAUUGAUCUGCUGGAGCGAAGAAGGGAUUGAAUUUUGAAGCAUAUGUCAUUUCUUUCGUGUCAUUUCACUCCGGCAAAGUAUUUGAGUUCAAACUACUUAUUAUCGAGGUCAACUUUUAAGGCCCGUGCCAUCAGCACUUGUAUGAGACAUUAAUUUGGACACCUACGUGUGGUACAGUAUUUGUAUUCGGAUGCAUGCUCAAGUGUUUCUUCAUUUCCUGUCAGUGUGAUUUUUCUUUCUCCCAUCCCCAGUAUUGUUUUUGAUGAAUAAGAAGCCAAACACAAUGCAUGUUUGAUGAUAAAACUAGAAAUGACACAAUUAGCCUCCGAAAUAGACGCAAAAACAAAUUGGUACAUGAAUGGUUUAUCCAAAGCUUCAGUUCAUUUCAAAGUUUUAACACCAAGUCAAAAAAUACGUUUACGAAAUAUUGUACCUAAAUGUUUGCAAACCGUUCUGAAAGCUUAAAUGCUAAUUUAUUGUACAUAGUACAAUGGAAAUGCAGUGGAUUAAAAAAAAAAAACUUUAAUUCAGUGUAUUUUUCGUUAUAUUAAGCACUGAUGCAAAGCGUCAAGUCGUUUGAAAUUGUCACACCCCAGUACAUACUGCAGCUAACAAUAGUUAUUAAGGCCGACAGCAUAUGAAUGCCUAUUUGUCUUCAUGGGCUAAGUCUCGUCUGCAAUGUUAUUAUGUCCUGUUUGAUCAGCCAAUGUGUGUAACGAUCCGAUAUUGUAUCAACCGUCUGUGUCGGGGUGUCAAAAAUGUGUACCACUUGUUUUGCAGUAUAUUUUGGAAAAUAACCCAACAGUUUCUCAA